AGAAAUGUCUUCUGAGCAACUUAGGAGGGAGAAUGUGACGCCCCAGAGGGAAGUUCACAUUGAGAAAGACAAGGUGCCGAAGAUCGCCAGCCACUUCGAGUCAAUCACCGUGCAUGUGCAAGAAGCCGGCGACAAAGACACGCCUAUGGACAAAGACACGCCUAUGGACAGCACCAAAGACUCGCACGUCGAUAAAGAGCGGAAGGGAAACACCGUUGGGGACUUGGGGAUGGGAAAAUCCAGAGACAGGAUGAGUGAGUCAAAUGCAGAUAGGGCUAGGACGGCGAAUAUGGUGGCGGAUAAAGAAGCUGAGGAGAAGAGAGGGAGGGAGAGUGGUGCCCGCGGAGUAGGGAAGUUUGAGGUUCAAGAAAGUGAUGAGGGUCGGAAGAAGGGAGGUAGAGAGGAAAUGGUUGUUGUGAGUGAAGGGAAGGAGGAUUCAAGGGUGAGACAAGGUGGGGGUGAAAUGGAAGGCAGAAACAUGGACAUAAUGGGCAGAGAGAGUAAGAGUGGAGCUCAUCAAGGUGUCGGAAAGGUCGAAGUUAUAAGGGCUGGGGAAGAGAAGGGCAGAGAGGGUCAAGGUAGACAGCAAAUGAGUUCUAAAGGAAGGGAGGGCGAGGGUAGAGAAAGUGAAGGUGGGAGCACACAAAUGAUGGGCAAAGGAGAGGGUAUGACACAAGAGAGAGGAAUGGACACGGAGAUGAUGAGAAGCAAAGAGGAGGGUCGCGGCCGCGAGCAGAGACAAGGCACAGAAACGGAGAGCAAUGUGAACAAGCAGCAGCAGCAACAACGACAACAACAACCAUCUCUGGAAGAAGUUUCGGCAUUUAGACAAACAGCACAGCAGAAUUCCAUGGUGGCAAUAAGGGCCGCAGAAGAGCGAUAUCAGAAAGCUAAAGAAACUGCAAACCAGACACUCGCUACUACAACCGAGAAGACUAAAGAAACAGCUCUGAAGGCUAAAGAAACUGCAAGCAAGACACUCGCUACUACAACCGAGAAGGCUAAAGAAACAGCCCAGAAAGCUAAAGAGACUGCCAGUACUGCUACCGAGAAGGCUAAGGAAAUUUCAAGCCAGACACUUGGUACUGCAACUGAGAAAGGAGCACAAGUGAAAGACAUAGCACUGGAAAAAGGCCAACAAGGAUUAUAUGCAGCAAAAGAUACUCUAUCAAGUGCAGGGAAGAAAACGGUGGAUAACACGGUGCCAUUAGCAGAGAAAACUAAAGACAUGGCCGUGUCUGCGGGUAAGACUACUCUGCAUUAUGCUGGUGAUGUUGCGGUGGAUUUGAAGGACAAGGCGACUGUGGCAGGUUGGACUGCGGCGCACUACACAACUGAGGCAGCAGUGGAGGGAACCAAAGCAGCUGCAAGAGUAGUUUCCGGAGCAGCAGGCUAUGCUGGUCAUAAGGCGGUGGAUAUUGUGUCCAAGCCUUUGAGUGUUGCUAAAGAUGCUGCUGUGGUGACUGGUGAGAAAGCUGAGGAGUUCACUGCUCGGAAGAAGGAAGAGGCGAAAAGAGAAUAUGAGGCCAAGAAAGCAGCUGAAGCAAAUAGGCCCAAGGGUUCUGAGACUACGUAUCAAGGAGGAGAAUCCAAAAGCUGGAAGCAAGAGGAGACAUGGACGAAACCAGUUGAGAGGGAAUGUCAGCAUAUGCAGAGAGAAGGUGGCAGACCAACUGAAAAAACCAGCCAAGAAACCGCUGAAUUACAAAGGGAGGGAGCGCAAGAGGGCGGUGCUGGGGUGCUGGGAACAAUCGGCGGGACUUUGGGUGUGAUACCGGGAGCUGUUAGUGAGACAUUGGUUGAGAUAGCUGAGAAUACGAAAAACUUUGUUAUUGGGCAGGGUGAAAGUGGAAUGGGUGAGGAGGGCGAGGAAGGGUGGAGCUCAAAUGCGCAGCAAGGAGGGCAGGAAUGGAGCUCAAAUGCGCAGCAAGGAGGGCAGGAAUGGAGCUCAAAUGCACAGCAAGGAGGGCAGGGGUGGAGGCCAUCUGAGAAGCAAGGCAGGCAGGAGGGGAGGUCAUCUGAGAAGCGUGGCAAGCAGAGCGAGACUGUAAGUGUAAUACCGGGAGCUGUCGGCGAAACUUUGAUUGAGAUAGCUCAGACUACAAAAGACAACGUCAUCGGGCAGGGGCAAAGCGCAGAGGAGAGUGCUGAGAAGGAUCGCAGGUCAUCUGAUCAGCAGCAAGGCUUAGGUGCAAUACCUCGUGCUGUUGGGGAGACUAUGGUUGGAAUAGCUCAGACAACAAAAGACAAUGUUGACAAUAUUACUGGGCUUAGGCAGAGACAGGGACAGGGACAGUCGAGAACUGAUCAGCAGCAGGGAUGGAAGCAAGACCAGACCAAAUAAUGGAAAAUCAAGCAAGUAAGAUGCAGGGAUGAAGUAGAUUCUGAAAUAAAUUUAGAAACUCUCAGCUUUAUGUUUUGGAUGUUUGGUGUGCAUAAAAAGCUGAUGGUAGUAGUAUAUUUUGUAAUGUUCAGUAUGUCGUUUUGGAUGUUAAUGGUGGUGAUUGUGUAAUAAAACUGAAUAUUUUGUUUAUGCAUCUAUGAUGGUAGUACAUAUGUUGCCUUUCUGUGAAAUCAAUUAUCGUACUUCGAUCGUUUCUUUAGUCGGAAGUUGGAGCAUACACUUCUGUUUCAGCAAAUAUCGAACUGUUAAGUCUAGUCUGGUUGUUCUUCAAGGCAAAGCAAGUAUAUAGAAGAGUAUACUCGUUUAGAAAAGAAACCGAAGUUUCUUUUUGUCAAUGUAGAGAGAAUCCAUUAUGGUUUAGGACCCAAAUAUAUUCUCAACAAUAAACCUUGUCAGACACUUCUUCCUCAACUCUAGAUUGUGCUUAAAAUGGAUUUUGGUGUCUGGGUAAAUCUGGUUAUACUUUGUGCACAGAUUUUGCUAAAGAGUUGAACUAAGUGAGAAGCUUUGUAAUUAAAUAGUCAAAUUUU